GUGAUGCGGUUGAGCAGCGCCAGAAGAAAGUGCAGAGCAGCCAGCAUGAGUGGUGGACGUACAAGUUCGCAAUCAUCGUCUCUUGGGUGGUGUUCAUUCUCUUCACGCUUGCCUCCUUGGUGCUUAUCAUCCUCUGGGCAAGACAUGUGAAUGAAGAAGCCUAUGUGGUGACCUUCUUCGUCAUGGCCAUUGCGGCAUUGGCAUAUUUGGCGAAGGUGAUGGGCAUGGGUGAUGCUCACCUCGGGGGAAGAAAGAUCCCCGCGAUCCGGUACAUUGACUGGAUUGCUACCACGCCUUUGAUGCUGUUCGAGCUUUGCAUGAUCGGUGGCGCGGAGAAACACACCACGAUCCUCAUCAUAGGGUGUGACCUGCUGAUGCUCACUGGAGGCAUUGUCAGUGCAAUGAUCGUUCCAAAAGCGAAAGUGCUCCAAAAAUACCUGUGGUUCGGCAUUUCGAUCUUCUUCUACACAGUGAUGAUCAUUGCGCUGCAAGUGGAUGUUGCCAAUGGAACAGCAUUGAAGAAGCCAGAAGAUGUUCAACGCCUUUUCUCGCAGCUUUCCUGGCUCACGAUUGUAUCCUGGACUGGGUAUCCCAUCGUAGUUCUCUUGGGACGUGCUCAUGCAGGUCUCAUUUCCAAGGGAACGGAAGAUGCCCUCCUGUGCAUCUUGGACUGUAUCUCGAAGAUUGGAAUGGAGUUCUUCGUCGUUGGUACAUGUUCAUUACCUGGCGCACAGUGCCACGUCAAGGACAAGUGA